AUGUUCCCAUCUACCUCUUUCAAUGGAUGCAACGUGUCGCACAUGGCCCAGCCAGUCUACCCAGUCCAGCCCGUUUUCCAGCCGCUACAAGGCGUCUACGGGGCUCCAUCAAUGGUUUAUGGAGUCCAGCUGGCCCUUCCUAUCUUUUACCAGCCCCCUGCUGUCCUUCCGCCGCGACCAGUGGAGUUCUUGCCUCAGGGCAAUCAUGGCCACACAAGUCGGAGAAAUGGUGAUUUUUCUGCUCAAUUGGAAAGUACAAGCCGGCAGGGAUCUCCCUCAACAUCCUGGUCUCCAUGCCUCAGCCAGGAUUCAUCUUCUGGCUACUCUUCGGACAGUGAUAUUGGCUCAUCUCCCGGCCUAGUGCAAUAUCGCUUCCGGGAAGCGCCUCCAGCGGCAACACGGUUGCCAAUCUUCGAAUCCGUCCACAAAAAAGGCCUCAAGGAGCUCCAGUACCGUCAGAGGCUCCAGCAGAAUGGCCAAAGUGUCCCUUGCCCUGAGGGCAAAUCCAAAAUGCCUGAGGAAAACAAGCUGCCCCGGAGAUUCAAAACAGUGCUUUGUAAGCACUUUAUGGCUGGAGAGUGUCGAGAUGGAGACGACUGCAAAUAUGCGCAUGGAGAAGAAGAACUGAGAGUCCCAGAACUGCCGAAAAACUACAAAACAAGGCCAUGCGUAAACUUCAUGUUGAAAAAUUACUGCCCAUUAGGGAAAAAGUGCGAUUUUAUUCAUUAA